ACUCUUAAUCCCGCUAUUGAGCCUUUUUACACGCAUCUGGAAAUCCCCAUUGAGGCUCGCCCGUGGCCAGAUGUAGGAUCUGGUUGUCCCCGGCGAGCUAGUGUGAAUACCUUUGGGUUUGGGGGCACAAAUGCGCAUGCUAUUAUAGAAAGUUAUGAUUCGGAAUGCCGAAAGCUCGAGCAUACGCAGACCCAGGAAGCGAGCUUGCUCGGACCACUGAUCAUUUCUGCCCACUCACCAUCUUCUCUCGUCUCAGCCAUCGAAUUGCUGGCCGAUCAUAUCAAGGUAAAUGAUUCUAUUAACCUUGAGGAUCUAUCAUGGACCCUGCAAUUACGCCGAACCGUAUUUCCCUUUCGAGCGGCCUUCACCGGCGUAACAAAAAAUCGCUUGCUGGCUUCCAUGGACGAGCAGGCACAGAGAUUGAGAGAUGCGCCACCUAGCACUACUAGCAUGCGAUCGCGCUGGGUCAGCUCUGAGACGGAUCGCAGGAUCCUUGGCAUCUUCACGGGCCAGGGAGCGCAAUGGCCACGGAUGGGACGGGAGUUGCUUUUAGCCUCGACUGUGUUCAGCGAUGUUAUCGAGCAUUGCGAACAUUCUCUAGCGAGUGUGCCGGAUCCCCCCUCGUGGUCUCUGAGGGAUGAAAUCAUGGCUGAUGCUUCAUCCUCCCGCAUUUAUCAGGCCGAGAUAGCGCAGCCGCUCUGCACAGCUGUACAGAUUGCUCUGGUUGAUCUUUUACGAUGCGCCGGUAUAUCGUUUAAUAUGGUCGUGGGUCACUCCUCAGGGGAGAUAGCCGCAGCAUACGCGGCUGGCAUCUUGUCCUCCUCCGAUGCGAUCCGUAUAGCUUACUAUCGGGGCUACCAUACCAUGUCUAGUCGCAGUCCGGGAUCUAUGAUGGCUGUGAGUAAUAUCUCUCUCGGCGAUGCCUUAUCUUUCUGUCAGACAGAACAGUUCACCGGCCGUAUUUGUGUGGCAGCCAGCAAUUCCCCAACCAGCGUGACCCUGUCUGGGGACACGGAUGCGAUACAGGAAGCUUACGAAGCCUUGGAAACGAAAUGCUCCGUGAAACUUUUGAAAGUUGAUAAGGCAUAUCACUCUCACCACAUGCAUUUGUGCGUAGAACCUUAUUUACGGUCGCUUCAAGCGUGCAAUAUUCAAGUCCAGCCCAGGAAGGAUUCGUGUGUUUGGAUUUCCACCGUCACUGGAGAUUGCAUCCGCAAUCUGGAGUCUCUACAGGAUGUGUAUUGGACGGACAACCUGGUCAGACCAGUUCUUUUUUCUAAGGCUAUUGAGCUCACAAUGCAUGACAUGGUCCCUUUCGAUAUUGCUCUUGAAGUUGGACCUCACCCUGUGUUGAAUGGUCCGGUUACCCAGACAAUCAAAUCUAUCUUGGGCACUACUAUUCCUUAUUGUGGCCUAUUGAGGCGUGAAGAGAAUGACGUCGAGGCCGUUUCUGGAGCUCUUGGAUAUAUCUGGACGAACUUCGGGAGGUUAGCAGCGAUUGACUUCGAUGGGUAUAGGAACGCUUUCAAACGUUCGCACGGCGCGCCGCGGCCCGCUCUUCUAAAGAACCUGCCCUCCUACCCAUGGGACCAUGAACACGUAUACUGGAAGGAGUCACGCCUUUCUAGAAAUACUCGCUUCCGCAGUGAUCAGCAACAUGAGCUGCUUGGUCGACGGCGCCCAGAUGACUAUUACCGUGAGAUGCGUUGGCGGAAUAUCAUCCAUUUAGGCGAAAUACCAUGGCUUCAGGGCCAUACAAUCCAGGGCCAGGUUGUGUUCCCUGGUGCAGCGUAUCUUGCUAUGGCUUUGGAAGCUUCAAAGUCCCUUUUUCAAAACCGCUCCAUCAAACUAAUUGAGCUACAUGAUGUCAACAUAGCACAAGCUAUGAUGCUAACCAAAGACUCGACGGGUAUCGAAACAAUCUUUACCCUUCGACUCCAAGAAGAAAAGGGUGACACACUCAAAGCCGAGUUCGUGUGCUCUUCGUGCCCUGAGACCGCGAAGACCGACCCAGAGCUGAACUGUAGUGGUACUAUAAGUUUGUUUUUUGGAGAACCAUCUGUCCAGACAUUACCGCAAAGGCGGCUUGUUAGUCGGUCUAUGCUAUCGAUCGAUGUUGACCGGUUUUACCGCUCCCUUUCUGAGCUCGGCUAUGAGUACAGCGGAUUAUUUCGAGGCUUGACGGCCAUACAGCGGACAACGAAUACGGCUACUACGUCGGCAUCCUGGUGCCAAGCCGAUAUGAACCCGACCUUUAUCGUGCAUCCCGCCAUGAUAGAUGCAGCAUUUCAGUCGGUGUUUGCAAGCGCAGGUUCGGUUACUGCCGCCCGGAGCCCCUUUUUCCCCGUAAGCGUGCGGAGAAUGCGCGUCAGCGCCGCUCCCGCGUAUGCUCCGUUGUAUGAGCACGUCAAUGCAACUAUCGACACUCAUAUUACAAGCAUCGGCCCAGCCUCUCGAGAUUCUCCACCUUCAGUCUGUGCAGACAUUGAUAUCUCCAGUAAAGAGUGCCAAUUGGAAGUCCAAGUCGAGGGUUUGUCUAUGGAGAUGAUCCGGGAUGCAAAUCCGGGGAACGAUAGACUUCUAUUUUCUCAAACCAUCUGGGAAGCUGAUAUCUCCUGCGGUAUUGCAUCCAAAGAUGAGAGCAAAGAAGUACCUUCAUUAGAGGAUUCCGAGCUACCGGAGCUUCUUGAACGUUUAUCGCACGUCUACCUGAAGGAAUUAUCGGAGAGAACCCCGAGAGAGGAGAUCGCACACUUUGAAUGGUAUCACCGUCGACUCUUUGAGUACAUUGAUUCUGUCCUGUCCAUGAUCUCUCUCGGUGAGCAUCCUAUCAUUAGGAAAGAUUGGGAGAGUGAUACCCGUGACGAAUUACUUCGGAUGAUCGAGCAAUUCCCCGAGACCGUGGACUUGCAAGCCGCAAAUGCCGUGGCAGAGAGUUUUCCCGCAGUUUUGAAAGGAGAGAUAACAAUGCUGGAAGUCUUGACGAAAGAUGGAUUGCUCACCCGCCUCUACGACAACGCACUUGGCUUGCCUCGUUCGUACGGCAACUUAGCUCGCAUGGCCAAACAGAUAACUCACCGGUAUCCGCAGCUAAGAGUACUCGAAAUUGGAGCCGGAACUGGGGCAACAACGUCUCGAAUCCUUGACAGUAUAGAUGGCGCUUUUUCUUCUUAUGUGUACACCGAUAUCUCCAGCGGAUUUUUCGAGAAGGCCAGAGAGCGGUUCUCAAAAUAUUCCAGGAGAAUGGUGUUCAGGACGUUCAACGUUGAAAACGAUCCUUUAUGUCAAGGCUUCACGGCCCAUUCGUUCGAUAUUGUGGUUGCGUCUGGCGUUCUUCAUGCCACGCACGCGCUAAGGCGCACCGUGGAAAAUGUGAGAGGCCUUCUCAAGCCUGGCGGAUAUCUUCUCCUCUUAGAGCCCACGGGUCGCUCUCUGCGCACCGCUUAUGUCAUGGGUGGCUUGCCGGGCUGGUGGCUCGGAGGCGAUGAUGGCCGCCGACUCUUCCCCGGCAUCCCAGCCCUAGAAUGGGAUUCUCUCCUACGGGAAACUGGAUUCUCGGGAACCGAUAUUCUCUUACAUGAUACCGACAAUCCCGCCAAGCACAUGUACUCUGUUAUACUCAGUCAAGCGAUCAAUCAAAACGUUAAUAUGAUACGGCAGCCGUUGCUUUCCCCUGAGCUGUUUCCGCAAAGUGACCAACUUCUGAUUAUCGGUGGAAAAACUACGCAAGUAUCCGGGCUGAUUCGCGGCUUUUGUGAAAUUUUGCCAAUGUGGAAGAGCCGUACUCUGGUGAUAGGUGAUCUCGAGUCGCUCGGUGCGGUCGAGAUUUCACUGACGGCUAACGUACUCUGUCUGACCGAGCUUGAUAAGCCGGUGUUUGAGUCCAUGACAAGCACAACCUUUCUAGGAAUGCAGAAGCUGUUCAACCAAACAAAACGGAUCCUUUGGGUUACCCAGAAUUGUGGAAGACGAAAUGCCCACUCCAACAUGAUGAUCGGCGUGGCACGGGUCCUGCUGAACGAGAUGCCUCACAUGGACCUACAAAUGCUAGAUAUCAACGGCGAGCAGACCCCAGCGGUCACCGCCACAGAAUUGACUACAAUUUUUCUACGACUGGUGAUGAAGGAUUUAUUAGACCAGGAUGUCUUAUGGUCUACGGAGCCUGAACUAGCCUUAGAAGAAGGGGCGCUGAUGAUUCCUCGUAUACUUCCGGACAAGGAGCUGAACGAGAGAUUAAACUCAUUACGAAGGCCCAUUAUCAAAGAGGUGUCGGCAAUGACAUCUGCAGUGCAUAUUUCUCGCAACGGGGGCUUUCACUGCUUACGACAGGGGAACCCGGUUGAUACUUUCAGUUCGCAACCCGCGGGUUAUGUGACUGUUCGCGUUAGGUAUUCGUUACUAUGUGCUAUCAAAGUCGUAGCGAAUGCCCGUCUGUACCUUUGCCUUGGUUCAGUCAUUAACACAAGGCAGAGAGUAAUUGCAUUUUCAAAAUCGAAUUCGUCCAUCAUUGAAACUCAUGCGGACUGGAUGUGUCCAUGCGGAGUUCCCGAGGAUGAGGAAUACGACCACCUUCGAACGAUCGCGGCUGGGCUCGUAGCACAGAAUCUCAUUUCUUCGGUGCCUAGAGAUUCAAUACUUCUACUGCAUCAGCCUCGGGAAUUUGUAGCUGAUAUUGUAGCUCAGAGAGCACUCCAAGCAGGUAUCAAAGUUGUGUGCACCACUUCGCACCCGACAACCUCUUGUAAUGACCUGUGGACUUAUAUUCACCCACUCGCAACGCACCGCGAAAUCAAGAAACUUCUACCGGGAAACAUCAUGAAGUUUGUUGAUUGGUCGAGGAGGCAGGGUGGCGUUACUCCCAUUGUCGCCUGUUUACCCAGCUUUUGCAUCGCGCAAGAAGCGAUGGAGUUCAUCGGAGGAGAAGCAACGGCGCAGAUGACAAUUUCUGCAUCAGUUCUACAGCAGAGCCUUGAAAUGGCCAUCUCGUGCUCAGAAGUGGGACAUAACGCAGAGCGAAAGUCAGAACUGACAGAUAAGAUCUUAGCCGGGGAUUUGUCAACCGUUGCCGCAGAGAAUUCUUCAUUCUGUGUCGUCGACUGGACUCAGGAAGGGACUUAUUCGGUAACCAUCAACCCACUGGAGCCGAGAUAUUACUUAUCUCACGAUAAAACCUAUCUGUUAGUCGGCUUGACGGGGGAUCUUGGACAAUCCCUUUGCCGCUGGAUGAUUCUUAAUGGCGCUCGGAACAUGGUAUUGACAAGCCGGCAUGCUAACAUAGGCCGAGAAUGGCUCGAAGAGAUGCAGAGCAUGGGUGCUAAUAUCAAAGUAUUUCAAAUGGAUGUCUCGAGCAAGCAAGCGUUGUUAUCCGUCUGCUCCGAAAUCUCCAGCCAGAUGCCCCCUAUUGCUGGAGUGGUUAAUGGAGCAAUGGUUCUUUCUGAUUCGAUAUUUGCUGACAUGACCUUCAGCUCGCUAACCAACGUUUUAAGACCAAAAGUCGAUGGAACGAUAAACCUUGAUGAACUCUUUUGGGAUAAAACCCUCGAUUUUUUCAUCUUGCUCUCAUCCGUCUCUGCUGCUGCCGGGUACCGCGGUCAGUCCAACUAUGCCGCCGCCAAUAUGUUUAUGGCGGGUCUUGCUACCCAGAGAAGACGCCGAGGUUUUGCAGCAUCGGUAAUCGACAUUGGCAUGCUUACAGAGAUCGGCUAUGUUUCUCGUGCUGGCCCGGCUCUGGAGGAGUACCUACGUAGAAUGAAUCACUGCUUGCCGAUUACCGAACCAGAGUUUCACACCAUGUUUCUCGAGGCUAUCCAAGCGGGACGCCCCAACUCUGGGCAUCAGCCAGAAAUCAUCACAGGUCUAGAAAGCGUUCCGGGUUCCAUUAGUGCAGAUAACAGACCGACGUGGUAUUACAAUCCAAGGUUCUCACAUUUCAUCCUCUUCGAGGAUGACAUGUCAGAGCAGCAGGGCGGAGCUAAUGUCGUGCACAUGGGCAAACAGCUUGCCAACGCUGCAAAUUCAGCUGAUGCUGCCAGAAUACUUCAAGAAGGGUUUUCCUCAAGGCUAGCUAGGAUCUUACAGCUGAGCACCGACAACAUUGACGAACACGCCCCCCUGGUUCAUCUGGGAGUUGACUCACUAAUCGCCAUUGAGAUCAGAUCGUGGUUUAUCAUGGAGGUCAAAGUUGACGUACCAGUCCUGAAACUACUCAGUGGCGACACCAUUAUCGAACUAUGUCGUUUUGUUGUUGCAAGACUCCCUACUCCUGACCUGGGAAACGCCAAAGAUGUCAGCCCUAUGAGUUCCAUCGAUGACAACCAUGUUACGGAUCAUACCGCUUCCCAAGACAACUCGACGACUGACCUGUCUCUUCACUCGGCGUCCUUGACGAGCCGAUCGCAAUCCAGAGAUUAUUCAAAUGAAAACGCAGAGGAUGCGAAAGGUCGUCCUGGUGGCGAAGGCGGCGAAGACAUGGUACUCGGAAUGAAGCGAGAUGGGAACCUCCAGAAUGAAAUCGCAGAGGCAACGCAUCUACGUCCAGUUUCACUCCCCGUGCAGUGUAGCACUCAAGAUUUAGUUCAGGGGGACGACGACUACGCCGUCUCCGCCCAACUCUACGCUAGGCCUCGGGUCUCGACGGUACCAGAUUCCCCAGGAGAUGCUGCUUGCCCACUAUCGCCGUCGCCGGCUCCGCUGCACUCUGACCUUUCUCCACCAGAAGCAUAUUCAAAUUUUGAGAGGACAGAGCACAUGUCCUUCGCCCAAUCCAGGUUCUGGUUCAUGAGAACCUAUAGUGGAGACCCUACGAGAUACAAUGUAGUUCUUCUCUACGAUAUCAAAGGCCCCUUGGACAUACCGCGGUUCAAGAAAGCCUUCCAGACCACUGUGUCCCACCACCAACCAUUUCGAACGUGCUUUUUCACGCAGACUGAAACAGGGAGCGGCAUGCAAGGCAUCCUUAGAGAGUCCCCAGUAGUUCUAGAACACAGGCAGAUAUCCAGCGAUGCCGAUGCACAAGAGGAAUUUGAUCGCAUGGGAAACUCCGUGUUCGACUUAGAAAAGGGGAAAACGUUCCGUGCUACGCUUCUAUCUCAGACGCCAUCUUGGAGCAUGAUCGUAUUCGGCUAUCAUCAUAUCCUUAUGGACGGAUUGAGCUUUUCCUUGUUCCUUCAGGACUUAGACACAGCUUAUCGAAUGCUACCCUUGAUACCGCGAACCGUCCAAUACGUGGACUUUGCCACAGAUCAGAGGCUUCAGAUCGAGAGGGGAAUGCUGACGGAUGACCUAGCGUUUUGGAGGGACGAGUUCUCUACCUUACCCAGCCCUUUGCCUCUCUUACCCUUCUCUCGCGUCCGUUCACGUUGUGCCUCCGAAACCUAUGGCGUGCACACAGCUAAUUCGCGGAUCCCCGAGCACCUUACAGUGAAAGUUAAGCAGCUGAGUAGGCAGCUUCAUAUAACCCCUUUUCACUUACAUCUCGUCGCGAUACAAACAUUACUCUUUAGCUUUAUAGACGCGGAUGACCUCUGUAUUGGCAUACUCGACGCGAACAGGACGGACGGGAAGUUUCUCGAUGCACUUGGUCUCUUCUUGAACCUCCUUCCUCUGCGCCUCUACCGCGGACAUUUGGCGCAAACCUUCGAAGCAACCGCGCAGACCAUCGCUCGCAAGGUAUACGCGGCGCUGGCCCAUUCCAGACUACCAUUCGACGUCUUGUUAGAAGAUCUGAACAUAGCGAGGUCGCUAACUCACACUCCUCUAUUCCAAGUCUUGGUAAAUUAUCGCAUGGGGGCGCUUCGACAGACAUCCCUCGGUGAUUGUGAGCUGCGACAUCGAGCAGUAAACGAAGUCAGAUAUCCCUAUGACCUCCAUUUUACGAUUACAGAGCCUACGCAGGACAGCUGUUUCCUAUCCCUUACAGUGCGGGACGAUUUGUACACGAGCGAUGCUUGCAACUUGCUAGUCCGGAGUUACAUCCAUCUACUGGAUCAAAUCUGCCACAACCCACAACAGCGCUUGGAUGACUCCAGUCCUUUCAGCCUCUCAGAUGCACUAUUGGAAGUACACGUGGGUAGGAGCCGACAGAAGCGAUUUGAAUUCCCAGAAACCAUCACUCGCUGCGUGGAAGUUAUAGCACAAAGCAGUCCUAGUGAUAUCGCCGUCAAAGACGGCUAUGGAAAUGUCUAUACAUAUGCUCAGCUUGCCAAUCGGAGCAAUGCUAUCGCCACUAAUCUCUCGGCCGCGGGGGUGGCCGUUGGCACCUAUGUAGCGGUUCUCCUCGAGCCCUCGAGCGACACCAUGGCCGCAAUACUAGCAAUACUGCGACUAGGUGCUAUAUACGUGCCACUUGAUGUUCAAAAUCCGCCAGCCCGUCUAGCCUUCAUGAUCGAAGACUUUCGUCCGCCUUUGAUCCUUUGUCAGGCAAAUACGCUGAAGAUAGCGCUAUCACUGAGCGGGCACCAAACGAAAGCACUCAACUUGUCCUCCCUAGGCAGAGGUGACUGUUUGUCGACGACAGCUUGCUCUCGAGCGGACAUCCCUGCCGUCGCAAUCUAUACUAGUGGCUCCACUGGUAUACCCAAGGGAGUACUGCUAUCACAGGCCAAUAUCAUGAAUAGCACGUACGGGCUCAUGGAAAAUAAUGAGGUCCACCCAAAGGAGAUAGUGCUACAACAGAGCUCCCUGGGAUUCGAUGUCUCACUGUACCAGAUAUUCAUUGCCCUCGCGAAGGGCGGAACACUGGUCGUCGUGCCUCAGUCGAUCAAAGGACAUUCAACUGAAAUAUCGAAAUUAAUGGCUUCCGAAAACAUCACCCUCACAUUGGCCACUCCCUCUGAGUAUUCUGCCUUACUGUGCUAUGGGAGCCGCUAUCUGAAGAAAUGCUCUCGCUGGAGACUUGCCUGUUCUGCAGGAGAGAACAUGACGUCUCAGCUCAAGCACGACUUCCGCCGGUUAGGUCUACCAGGCGUCACCCUUACCAAUUGGUUUGGGCCAACGGAAGCUUGUUUUUUCUCGAGCACGGAUGUGCCUUACAACGACAGCGAGUCUAACUCAGUCGAAGAGUACCCUUCGAUAGGGCGGCCAUUACCGAAUGUGUCUGUCUUUAUUGUUGACGAUUACCUGAGACCCGUUCCCGUUGGGUUUCCAGGGGAAAUCUGCAUCGCAGGAGCCACCGUGACUCUUGGAUACAUUAAUGACGAUAAACUUACUGGAGAGAAGUUCGUCUCCAAUCCAUUCGCUUUCACCGAAGACAAAACAAAUGGCUGGGUCCGGAUGUACCGAAGUGGGGAUAGAGGUCGUCUUCUUGCUGACGGAUCCAUUAUAUUCCUCGGCCGCUCAGCUUCUGACUCGCAGAUCAAGUUUAGGGGCUUCCGUAUUGAUCUCGACGAUGUAGCAAACACCAUUCUUCGUACAGCGCAAGGGGUCUUAGUUGAUGCAGCGGUCACUGUCAGGGGUGAUCCUCCCUUCCUCAUCGCCUUUGUUGUCUUCGCGCUUGAUUCCUCGCCUAGCGAUACCAUAGGAUACCUGAAGCAACUAUCCUCGAAACUGCCUCUGCCACUAUACAUGACUCCGGCCAUGAUGAUUCCACUACACCAUCUUCCCACUACUAUCAACGGAAAGAGGAAUAGGAAAGCCCUUGAUUCGAUCCCACUCCCGGCGCCUAGCGAAUCAGAACAGCAAGUUCCCCUUUCAACGACAGAGUUGCGGCUCAAAAAUUUAUGGAUGGAAUCACUCCCGGACGUGAUUGAUGCGUCGCACGUUGGAAGGGACACAGGCUUUUUUCACGUCGGGGGUAGUUCAAUACUUCUCAUGAAACUUCAAGUACUUGUUCGGGAAAGCUUCGGUGUUGAAAUUCCUCUGGUGGACAUGUUUCUAGCGAAUACACUCAGCAGCAUGGCAUCGAGAAUCGCUACGCAGUGUACGCAAGAGAAAGCCCGGGCGGAUGAUGAAGAGAAGGGCUCGCCCCUUUCAACCGAGUUCAACGUGGCUGACCAGGAAAAAGUCGAUUACUCCGAUUCUGCCCUCAACCCAGCGAAAAUUCUCGUAGACUGGGAUAGUGAGACUGAUAUAUCCGCGAAGCUGCCAGAACCGUUAGAACAAGUCGUGGCGCCACAACCACA